GUAGUCAAUGUUAGUCUAAAUGGUGGCGCAACACUCCAGUUAUGUGCGUGUAUGCUAUGACGAUUUAUCCUGAGAUUGUCAACUGGCGCGCCAUAUGAAGCAGGGUUCCUCCCGUCCUUCCAUCCAUCGAGCCUUUUCCUUGCCGACUGGUGGUAGUGGAUGGAACCCGACAAGGUGAGUUGACAAGCUGGCACCAUGACCCAAGACAGCUAGACAUGGCUUGACAACCAAGCAAUCAACACUGCUGCCAUGCCCAUCAGUAACCAGGAUUUCAUCUCCACCCCUAGGAAAUAUCACAGCCUCCCUCGUCAAUGCAAACCCUGCAAUGCUCAGGCGCAGGGGAUAUCUCCUCGCCUGUUGUGCGUUCGUGACUUUCGAAUCAAGCUGAAUGCAUUUCAAGUCUGGUUCCGCGACUUCGAUGAUGAACAGAAGAACAUUGUUCUUCAGGAACUCAUGGGCCUGUGCGGUCCAGCGCAGAACCACCUGCUGUCAGUGCGGCUGCAGAACUCUCUGCACGAGCGGUGUCCACCCAACUGCCAGGACCUGCUGUCGUGGCUGCCGGCGCACGUGGUCUCCAAGGUGCUCUCCUACCUGGAUCCGGUCAGCCUGGCACGCUGCUCGGCCGUCUGCAGGCAGUGGCGUGUGCUGGCCGGCGGCCGGCUGCUCUGGCGCCGACUGUGCGCCCUCUCCGAGUGGCAGGUGUCGCCCGAGACCCACCGCAAACAGGUGGCCGAGUUCACCGACGCCGACGGCAGGGUCAACUGGAAGGAGGUGUUCAUCCAGCGGUACCGUCUGCGGCGGAACUGGCUGCAGGGCCACUGUCACGUGCGCACGUUCGAGGGUCACGGCCAGGGCAUCUCCUGUGUUCAGUUUGACGACACGCGCAUCGUCAGCGGCUCACACGACAACAGUAUUAAGGUGUGGAACAUCCGCACCAACUCUCCGUGGUCGGUGAUGACGCUGCUGGGCCACUCCGGCACCGUGCGCUGCCUCCACUUGCUGGAGAACCGGCUCGUCUCCGGCUCCACCGACACCACCAUCAAGGUGUGGGACCUGUCCACCCAGCUGCAGUGGUCCAGUAUCGCCUGUAAGGUCACCAUGGUCGGACAUGGCGACACGGUCCGCUGCGUUCAGAUGGACGAGGAGAAGGUGGUGAGCGGCUCGUACGACCGCACACUGCGAGUGUGGUGCGUGCGCUCUGGCCGCUGUCAGGCCGUCCUCACCGGCCACACUGGGCAGAUCCUCUGUCUGAGGUUCGAGCAGCUCCGGCUGGUCAGCGGCGCCGCCGAUAAAACAAUAAAGGUGUGGUCCCUGUCUGAGGGCCGCUGUCUGCGGACACUGGAGGGUCACGGCGGCGCGGUGACCACGCUGACAUUUGACGACCGGCGCAUCAUUUCUGGCUCGCUGGACUGUACCAUACGGCUGUGGAACAUUGACACGGGCGAGCCGCUGGCUGUGCUCGACUGGAUGAAAAACGAGGGCCACACAGGCGUGGUGCGGUGUCUGGUGGCCGACCGGUGGCGCAUCGUCUCCGCCUCGGACGACAAAACCCUCAAGGUCUGGUCUCUGGACACGGGCCAGCGGCUGGUGACGCUGCGGCAGCACACAGAUGGUGUCACGUGCGUCCAGUUCAACGACUCGGUCAUCGUCUCGGGCAGCUACGACAAGACGGUCAAACUCUGGGACUUCAGCGUCUGCUAGGGUCGAAAUCAGCUACGACAAGACGGUCAAACUCUGGGACUUCAGCGUCUGCCAGGGUCGAAAUCAGCUACAACAAGACUGUCAAACUCUGGGACUUCAGCGUCUGCUGAGAUUGGCUUCUCGGGCAGCUACGACAAGACGGUCAAACUCUGGGACUUCAGCGUCUGCUAGGAGGGCAUACUCUCCGCGCCUAGGUGAAAACUAUCCGCGGUCAGGGGACAACUCUCCGCGCAGGCUAAGAUGGGGUGGCGGUCUUGUGAUGUCAAGAGUUUUUCAAGCAGCUAAAAGAGGAUGGAGAAAUUCAGAAUCUCGCGUCAGAUUUUAUGAAGGUGGGAUUUCAGUCUGAGUUGUUGCCAAUUUUUGGAAUAUGGUUGUUUUGAAGGUAUGGCUGCCUGCUGGUUGAUGGCUUCGCUUCUGGCAUGAUAUUGUGAAGCCAAUGGUAAUAGUGAAAUAUCAUUCAUGGAAAGAAAGGCCGCUUACUUACUCUGCAGCGGCAAUCUAGCGCAGCUAUGAGGGAUAUGUUUGGCAGCUAGUAAAUUAUACGCACUUCACCGUCUGCAAGAUAGCUGCCUGGCUAAAUAUGAACGGCAAAGCUUUGUGGUAUCUGUGUCUGUGCUGCUAGGCGCUUCUUCGUGCACUCUGGGCCGCUAGACUAGACAGCUGUGUACAUGUGUUCAUGUGUUGUUCGUCAUUGCCACCUGAUUUCACUGUUCACUAGCUCACGAUCCAUGUACUGAUUGUUUAUUGACUGUGCUCAUAGGACUGUUGUCGUUUUGUGUUGUUCGCUGGUGUUCUGACCCUGCGCUGCGUUUAGUUUCGCUCAGUGAGGUGCGUCCAGUGCCUAGUGUGUUCAUGUAUCGUCUCCACUGUGUCAGUGGAGGCAGCUGUGUGACGUAUGUUAUGACGUCACUGUAUGACGCAGCCGUCCUGGUGCCCGUAGUCAUUGUCGAAUCUCGCCAGGCCCGGCUGCUGUAGUUAGUCGCCCGCGCCGCGCGUCGGGCGACCUCCUGCCUCUGGUUCGUGUGCGCUGUACCGCUAAUGUAGUCAGACAAGUGGCUUAUGAUGCAAUCUCAGUAGUUGAACAAGGUGUGCUUCUCUGGCAGCAAUAAGGGCAGCCGGCUGCGGCACCGGCGGCUGCACUGUCGCGGUAUUGCCUCUGUACGGGCGCAGAACGCUGCGGCUGCGACUGGGAAUGCCGAUAUUCGAGACUGAACGUGUUCAGAGUACCUAAUAGCAAUCUAUUUUGUGUAUGGACACAGCUGCAGGUGAAUUGUUUUUAAUAUUUAUAUACAGAUAUUUGUUUUAGUAGGAUGUUUUUAGUGACAGGAAUGUGGGUCGAAGUGAAAUGGAAAAAUAAAUAAUACUCUUUUCUA